CAUCUUUGUUAUGUGCGGUGAAACGCUGAGAAUACCGUCUCUUCACCUGCCAACCCUGCAAGCUGCACCAAGUGCCCGCAUGGGGACUGACCUUCGCCCCACUACUGCGCUCACUUGUAGAACCUCACAGGGCGGUUGUCGGCGCCCCGCAGGCCGGCAGUGUUGGAGCAUUUCGGAGCCCAGCAGCACUGGGGCAUGGCUGUCCAGCCCGUAGUUUCCCGCGGUCUGCAGCAGCACUUCGGUGGUCGCCCGCUUACGCUCUCCCCUGGGCUCAUUUCAGAGCCGGGUGCUUCCUCUCGCGCCUCGGGAGGGAGGAGUGCGCCUGCGAACUACCCGCCCUUCCGGUUACCACACCUGCACCCUGGUCACGUGGUGAAUGGGGAACCAGGAAUACCUCCCCGUCACCCGGAUCUGAUCGCCAGGUCAGGGAGAGAUGGCGUCACGGCGCUUCCGAGCCUGCGACAACUCAUCAGUCGGCUUCGGCUCCACCCUGGCUUACGUCCGGGAGACGCCGCUGCCAGGCUGUUGCCCUGAGGCGGCAGCAAAAAGCGAGAUGUGGCGGUUUUGGUCUUGGCCACGUAAAAGUUUAAACCGGUACGUUUUAGUGAGUGAUGAAAACGCAGACUAGAAGCGCCACCAUGCUUGAAUCUAGCUGUGGCCCCACCUCGCCAAACGCUCCACUCCGCCUCUUAUUCCUCAUUGGUCAAAAGCACCGCCCGGCAGUCCUGCGAUUGGCCAAACGGGCGGCUACCGCAUCCAAUGGACGGCGGCGCUGGCUUUCCCGCUGCGGUUCGUUACUUGAGAGGGUCGUGGCGGCGGCGGCGGCAGUUGGGUGUAACGGUCGCCCGGCUCCGGUGCGACCAUGGCGGCCUUGGGGCCCGGAGGCUACGCGCGGAACGAUGCGGGGAGAGGCCAGUCCUCCCCGCCCCCCUCUCCAGCGCUCUGCCUCCGCCGGCGGACGCGACUCCCCACGGCGCCCGAGGACACAGUGCAGAACCGGGUGUCACUGGAGAAGGUGCUUGGCAUCACAGCCCAGAACAGCAGUGGCCUAACCUGUGACCCCAGCACAGGCCGCGUGGCCUACCUAGCAGGCUGUGUGGUGGUGAUUUUGGACCCCAAGGAGAACAAGCAGCAGCACAUUUUUAACACUGCCAGGAAGUCUCUGAGCUCUCUGGCCUUCUCCCCUGAUGGGAAGUACAUAGUGACGGGAGAGAACGGGCACAGGCCUACUGUGCGAAUCUGGGAUGUGGAUGAGAAGAGUCAGGUGGCAGAGAUGUUGGGCCACAAGUACGGCGUGGCCUGUGUGUCCUUCUCCCCAAAUAUGAAGCACAUUGUGUCCAUGGGCUAUCAGCACGACAUGGUACUCAACGUCUGGGACUGGAAGAAAGAUAUUGUGGUGGCCUCCAACAAGGUAUCAUGCAGGGUCAUCGCCCUCUCUUUCUCAGAGGACAGCAGCUAUUUUGUUACUGUUGGUAACCGGCAUGUUAGGUUCUGGUUCUUGGAAGUCUCCACUGAAGCAAAGGUGACGGGGACAGUGCCCCUCAUAGGGCGCUCAGGCAUCCUGGGUGAGCUGCACAACAAUGUCUUCUGUGGUGUGGCUUGUGGCCGGGGCCAGAUGGCAGGCAACACCUUCUGUGUGUCCUACUCGGGCCUCCUCUGCCAGUUCAACGAGAAGAGGGUGCUGGAGAAGUGGAUCAAUCUGAAGGUCUCCCUGUCUUCCUGCCUCUGUGUCAGCCAGGAGCUCAUCUUCUGCGGUUGUACAGAUGGGAUAGUUCGCAUUUUCCAGGCCCACAACCUACAUUACCUCGCCAACCUACCCAAGCCACACUACCUUGGAGUGGAUGUGGCCCAGGGCCUGGAGCCCAGCUUCCUCUUCUGCAGGAAGGCAGAAGCAGUCUAUCCGGAUACGGUGGCACUGACCUUUGACCCCAGCCACCAAUGGCUAUCCUGUGUGUAUAAGGACCACAGCAUCUAUAUCUGGGAUGUCAAAGAUAUCAACAAAGUAGGCAAGGUGUGGUCGGAGCUCUUCCACAGCUCCUACGUCUGGAAUGUGGAGGUGUAUCCUGAGUUUGAAGAUCAGAGAGCUUGUCUGCCAACUGGAUCUUUUCUGACUUGUUCCUCAGACAACACCAUUCGCUUCUGGAACAUAAAUAGCAGCCCUGACUCUCCCUGGCAGAAAAACAUCUUCAGUAAUACCCUACUGAAGGUAGUGUAUGUAGAGAAUGACAUCCAGCACCUUCAGGACAUGUCACACUUCCCAGACCGGGGUAGUGAGAAUGGGACACCUAUGGACGUGAAAGCCGGGGUACGAGUCAUGCAAGUCAGUCCUGAUGGCCAACACUUGGCUUCAGGUGACCGAAGUGGAAAUCUGAGGAUCCAUGAGCUGCAUUUCAUGGAUGAGCUGGUCAAGAUGGAAGCCCAUGAUGCUGAGGUGCUAUGCCUGGAGUACUCCAAGCCUGAGACUGGGCUUACCUUGCUUGCCUCGGCCAGUCGGGACCGACUGAUCCAUGUGCUGAACGUGGAGAAGAACUACAACCUGGAGCAGACCCUGGAUGACCACUCCUCCUCCAUCACGGCCAUCAAAUUUGCAGGCAACAGAGACAUCCAAAUGAUCAGCUGUGGGGCCGAUAAGAGCAUCUACUUUCGCAGUGCGCAGCAGGGCUCCGAUGGGCUUCACUUUGUCCGUACUCACCAUGUGGCAGAGAAGACCACCUUGUAUGACAUGGAUAUUGACAUCACCCAGAAGUACGUGGCUGUGGCCUGCCAGGACCGCAAUGUGAGAGUCUACAACACCAUGAAUGGAAAGCAGAAGAAAUGCUACAAGGGCUCCCAUGGCGAUGAAGGGUCUCUGCUGAAGGUCCACGUGGACCCCUCAGGCACCUUCCUAGCCACAAGCUGCUCUGAUAAAAGCAUCUCGGUGAUAGACUUUUACUCGGGCGAGUGCAUUGCCAAAAUGUUUGGCCAUUCUGAAAUUGUCACCGGCAUGAAGUUCACCUAUGACUGUCGUCAUUUGAUUACAGUAUCUGGAGACAGCUGUGUGUUCAUCUGGCACCUGGGCCCAGAGAUUACCAACUGCAUGAAGCAGCACUUGCUGGAAAUUGACCAUCUGGAGCAGCAGCAGCAGCAGCAGAAUACAAAGGAUGGGAAAUGGAGCAGCCACCCCAGGCAAGAGACAUAUGCAUCCAUGCCCAACAAGAUUUGCUCCCUAAGAUCUGGAGAGCAGACAGAGGAUGAGCUGGAGGAAGAGUGUGAACCUGAAGAAUUACUGAAGACGCCAUCCAAAGAGAGCUUGGAUUCAGAUCCUCAGUGCCUGCUGACCAACGGCAAGCUGCCACUCUGGGCAAAGCGGCUGCUUGGAGAUGAUGAUAUGGUGGAUGGCUCAGCCUUCUACACCAAGCACAGCUACCAGCCACAUGGCCGCUGGGCAGAGCGGGCUGACCAGGAGCCCCUCAAGACCAUCCUGGAUGUCCGUGACCUGGAUUGCUACUUUACCCCCUUGAAGUCCGACAGUCUGGAGGACUCCGUUCUGGAUAUAGUGAAGCCACAGAGCCUGGCAGGCCUGCUGAGUGAGUCAGAGAGUCCCCAGGAAGAUGGCUGUAGGAAUCCUUCCUUCCUGCCUCUACAGAAGGAGUGCUCUGAAGCCAGAGAGGUCGUCAGCUCCCUGGAGGUAGAGGUGACCGUCCCAGGGACAGACAGCAAGUAUGGCUCAGAAGAAGUGGAGAGGGAGCCUGGAGACCAGCAAGGUGACUCCUAUCUCAGGGUCUCCUCCAUGGGCUCGAAGGAUCAGAGCAAACUUGCGGAUUCAGGGGAUUCAGAAGCCUACUUGGAGCGUACCUUGACCACCAUCCAUUCCUCCCCUCCACAGCUGGACUCAGACCCUCGGUUUGAUGUGACAGUGACCCCUAUACCAGCAUGCCCAGGAACUGCAGAAGAGUUGUCGCGGCCUGAGCUGGCAGGCAUAUCCAAUGGCUCCCUGCCCCAGACCCCUGAGCAAGAGAGGUUUCUCCGCCAUCACUUUGAGACGCUUACUGACACCCACCAUGAGGAGCUCUUUCACAGAUCCCUAAGAGAUGUGACGGCCUCUGCGGAUGAGGACUUUUUUAAUCCCCGGCUGAGCAUCUCAGCCCAGUUCCUCUCACGUCUCCAGAAGACAUCCAGGCUCAACCACACCUUCCCUUCCCCGCUGCACCUGCACCUUGUGAAGUCCCCGGAGGUCAAACUCAUAGACCUCCAGGGGAACCAGGCCAGAGCAGAACCAGGUACUGGCUACACCUUCCCAGGGAGGACCAAUGUCCUCUCUGGGAGGAAAGCUAAGGAGUCGCUUGACAACCUGGAGGCCUGGUGCCCACUGACCCCCUGCCUCACAGCCACUUCCUGUGUUCCCUCCUCCUCAGCGCUGCCCACAGAUAGGAAGCCUCUGGCACCCACAAACCUACCCACUCCAGGCCUCCACAUCCCCUCUACCUGUUCCUAUAUAGAGGCCACUGCCAGUUCCUGUGCCAAGAUGUCACCCAGCAUUUCCCUUGAGGACAGUGAGGACCCUGUCUUGGUUGACAAAGAGAGAGGGAGACCCCUCUGCAGGCCCUCAUCCCUGGGGAAGCUGGCCUCCAUGGACCAGGAGCUUCAGGCCAUCACCACCACAGCAGCAACCAGUUCUGACAGUGAGGGCCGAGAGCCUGCCCUGCCCUCCCAGGGCAACUAUGAAGCCCGGGCCAGCUUCAGGCAGACCCUGUCAGGUGUCUGUGACAGGCUCUUACUGCCCUCACCCCCACAGGAGCCACCUACUACUUGUGUCUGGUCCCAGGAACCUGUGGCCACCCAGUCCGAUGUCACAGUCACAACAGCUAGCUUCCCGGCUUCCAGCCCCGUAGAUAUGAGCUCCCUGAGGCUCCACAGCUCCACCUUUCUCCCAAGGCUUCUGGCCGCUGAACCCCUCAACACCCCUGCACACCCCAACAGCCCCCCACUUCCAGAGGCCAUGCCUGGCAGCAUCACUUCCCUCCUGGAGCUCACCCCUGAUGCACUCAGUGUACUCCGGGACAGCCCUGGACACUGGGGAGAGCCUGGAGUGCCAGCCAGAGUCCUGUCCCCAGCUCCACUUGAGGUGAGCAGUGUGGGGACCAUUGUGCACAAACUACAGACUGCCUUCCAAGAAGCCCUGGACCUUUACCACCUGAUGGUCUCCAGUGACCAGUUGAGUACCAAGCAGCGGCAGGCACGGACUGAGCUAGCCUCCACCUUCCUUUGGAUCCACAGCCAGUUAGAGACCAACGACUGGCUGGUUGGGAGUGAUGUGGCCCCAGCCCAGGCCCUCCCCAGCCCUGACCCCCCCUCCCCACCUACAUUGUGCCCCCUGGCCAGCCCAGAUUUGCGUGCCCUGCUGGAACACUACUCGGAGCUGCUGGUGCAGGCUGUGCGGAGGAAGGCACAGGGGGACUGA